GGCCCCUGGCAGCCAAAAUGAAGUCUCUGCUGUCUGUGUGCUGCGUGCUGUCUCUGCUGGCCCUGUCUGCUGCAGGGUCCUCCGUCCACAAUGAGGAGCCUCUGGUGCAUCUGCAGCUCCAGCAGCCGGAGGGAGACCUCUUCUCCUGUGGAUGUGACACAACAGAGGAGCACAGCAGCCAAAGCUCCUCCAAUGACACCCCGGCCCCUGAGAGGGCCCUGUGCCAGCCCUGCACACCUCCAUCAGCUGUAGAUACUGAGGAAGAGCCAGCAGUAGCCUCAGAGCAUGAAGAAGAGGAGGGGGAGGCAGCUCCUGUGGAGGAGGAUGCUUCCAGAGAGGAGGUAACAAGUGAUGGACAGGAAGAGGAAGUAGCAUCUGAGGCUGCGGUUGAGGAGGAGGAAGAGGAAGAGGUAGCUGUUGAGGUUGCAUCAUCUGAAGUUGAGGAAGAGGAGGAGAACAUUGAGGAAGGAGAGGAAGAAGGUGAACCUCAGGAGGAAGUUGCUGCUGAAGAAACAGUUGAGGAACCAGAAGACACACAGGAUGAGACAGAAGCAGCCGCUGAGGAGGAGAGUGUGGAAUCUCCUGAGGAUGCAACUGAGGAGGGGGUUGCAGAGGCUGAACCAGAACCAGAACCAGCUGAGCUUCCUCAAACAGACUCAGACCUUGAAGAAACCGAGGCAGAAGUGAUUGCAGAGCCUGAACCAGAACCAGAGGUGACUGCAGAGCCUGAACCAGAACCAGAGGAGGUUGCAGAGCCUGAACCAGAACCAGAAGUGAUUGCAGAGCCUGAACCAGAACCUGAGGCAGUUGCAGAGCCUGAACCAGAACCAGAAGUGAUUGCAGAGCCUGAACCGGAACCUGAGGCGGUUGCAGAGCCUGCACCAGAACCAGAAGUGAUUGCAGAGCCUGAACCAGAACCAGAAGUGAUUGCAGAGCCUGAACCGGAACCUGAGGCGGUUGCAGAGCCUGAACCAGAACCAGAAGUGAUUGCAGAGCCUGAACCGGAACCAGAGGUGGUUGUAGAGCCAGAACCAGAAGUCAUUUCAGAGCCUGAACCAGAACCAGAGGUUGUUGCAGAGCCUGCACCAGAAGUGAUUGCAGAGCCUGAACCAGAACCAGAGGCGGUUGCAGAGCCUGAACCAGAACCAGAAGUGAUUGCAGAGCCUGAACCAGAACCAGAGGCUCUUCCUGAAGUGGAGCCAGAGCCUAUUGUGGAGGAUGUCACACCAGAAUCUGUUGAGGAGGCGGUGGAGGAGGCAUCAGUGGAUGCUGUUGAGGAAGUACCUGCUGUUGCCGAGGAGGUGACGGUGGAGGAGGUGACAGUGGAGGAAGUGACGGUCGAGGAGGUGACGGCGGAGGAGGUGACCGCAGAGAAGCCUGCACAGCUGAAAACCAAAGGGCGCGAGGCAUCAGCCCGUAAACUGAGGGACCGCUCCCACAUCGAGGACACACUGCGAUUGGCUACUGAGGAUCCCUCAGAUGAGUUCUCAGCUGAUAUGAAGAAACUAUUGAGCAUCUACCACAAUGCCAUCAAGCCAAUGGAGCAAGCCUUCAAGUACAACGAGCUCAGGCAGCAUGAAGUCACAGACAGUGAGAUCACCUCCAAGCCCAUGGUUUUGUUCCUGGGACCGUGGAGUGUCGGCAAGUCCUCCAUGAUCAACUACCUUCUGGGUCUCCAUGGUACUCCACAGGAGCUUUACACAGGCGCUGAGCCCACCACCUCAGAGUACACGGUCAUAAUGCACGGGGAGAAGUUCCGCUCCGUAGAGGGCAUCGUCAUGGCAGCAGACAGCUCUCGGUCCUUCUCACCUCUGGAGAAAUUCGGCCAAGGCUUCCUGGAGCGGCUGGUCGGCAUCGAGAUGCCCCACAAGCUGCUGGAGAGGGUCACCUUCGUCGACACGCCCGGCGUCAUUGAAAACCGCAAGCAGCAGGAGAGAGGUUACCCCUACAAUGAUGUGUGCCAGUGGUUCAUCGAUAGAGCGGAUCUGAUCUUCCAGGUGUUCGACCCCACCAAAUUGGACGUGGGCGCGGAACUGGAGAUGCUCUUCAAGCAGAUGAAGGGCCGCGAGUCCCAGAUUCGCCUCAUCCUCAACAAGGCCGACAGUCUCUCCACCCAGAACCUGAUGAGGGUGUACGGGGCUCUGUUCUGGAGCAUGGCGCCGCUGAUGAAAGUCACGGAGCCUCCUCGGGUGUACGUCAGCUCCUUCUGGCCUCAGGACUACGCUGCAGACACCAGCCGGGAGCUCUUCAUGAAGGAGGAGACCUCUCUGCUGGAGGACCUCAACCAGGUGAUUGAGAAUCAGAUGGAGAACAAGAUCGCUUUCAUCCGUCAGCACGGCAUCCGUGUGCGUAUCCACGCCCUGCUGGUGGACCGCUACCUGCAGACCUUCAACGACAAGCUGGGAUGGUUCAGUGACCCCUACGAGGUUUUCCAAGACAUUGUCAGCGACCCCGACAAGUACUACAUCUUCAAAACAAUUCUGGCCAAAACCAACGUCAGCAAGUUUGACCUGCCCAACAAGGAGGCCUACCAGGACUUCUUCGGAGUGAACCCGGUGUCCGGCUUCAAGCAGCUCUCCUCCCACUGCAGCUGGAGCGGAGGCUGUCUGCUGGAGAAGCUGGAGAGGGCCAUCUCACACGAGCUCCCCGCUCUGCUCAGCAGCGUCAGCAAGGCCGCAGACAAGCCUGCCCCAGUGAAGGCUGCACCCGCACCUCCACCCCCCCUCCCCGGCACCUGUGAGGGUCCCGGGUGUGAGGAGAAACCCAAGAACCGCUGGAGGAAGCAGUGAGAUGUAGGAGAGGGGUGCAGGAGGAGGAACAGAGGAGGCAGGAACCAGAGGGUUUUCUGAAGUGAUCCUCACUGCUGUGAUUUUCAGAACUGGGUAUAGGGAGACCAUGUGGGGAGAGAGAAAGAGAAUCAAUGUGGGUCAGAAUACUUCUUUCUGCCUGUUUUUACCUGGAUGGAGUACCAAAUAGAUUAUGACAGUUCAAAUUCAUUGUAUACCGAAAGUUAUACCCCAAGUGAUUUUCACCUACUUUUCAUCAACCAUCUAGUGCACAUUGUCCUGUAAGACACCUUCUGGUAUUAAGAUCAAAUUAAGGUCAAAACUAAAAGUAAAAAGUGACAUAUUGUGGGAGUUUGGAUGGAAAUAAAAAUAGUAAAAGAGGCCUCAAGUCAACUUUCCAUCUGAAGCUAUUGCUGUCUGCAAAAUGUGAGGAAUGUCUGCAGGAGAAACAAACUUCCCAAUCAUUACACCAGGAAAAUCCCAGACCUCUAUUUCCUUUGUUACCUUCCAUGUUAAUGAAAUCUGAGAAUGAAUGUUUUUCUCACUGUUUUUAAGUUUGUACAUUAUUUAUUCAAGUGUUCUCCUUCUAAAACAGAUGCUGGUAGCGGUUGUCAUUCACCAGUCAUACAGUUGAUGCUGCAACUCUUUUGUCUGCUGUGUUGUUUGCGAGGGCGGAAGAUUGAGUUUCAACUGCUGUGUUUUUACAGUUAAACCAGGGUAGGUUAUUACCGCUUCAGGAAGCUUAUUUGUUUUCAUAGGUGGGAGAAUACAAUAGAAAGAAGCUUGCUCUCGCAGUCGUUUAUUGAGCAAACCCAUGUUUAAUCCCCACAUUACUGCAUACUGUACUGUUUUCUUUAUUGUACUAUUCUACGUUAAUAGUAACAUCUUUUAUUUCAGCAUUUCUCAUUCAUGAGACUGAAUUGACUGAAUACAACCAUGGUGUCAUUGAAGCGUAGCUUUUAUUUUAUUUGAGUUUGCAUUUAAUGCCUCUGCCCUCUGAAUUGUUGCUAGUUUUACCUGAACGCGGCGGCAUACCACACGGGCAUUUCCUUUGAAUAUUGUAAUCAUUUUCUUUUUCUUUUAGGUCUGUUUGUAAAAUUCCUUCUUUUGAGUAAACAACAACAAAAAUGAA